GCAUAUGCCUGAUGUCGAAGCACACCAAAGUAGUUGAAGCAAGCCUUGUUUUAAAGUAAAAGCAGGAACUGAAGACAAGAGACCAAAGGUAAAAAAAUGAAAAUGAUGCAAGAUGAAAUCAGAAAGGGUCCAUGGACAGAACAAGAGGACAAUUUCCUGAUCAACUUUGUUCACUUAUUUGGAGAUCGACGUUGGGAUUUUAUUGCCAAGGUUUCAGGUUUGAAGGUGGCGGGAGGGACAUAAUAGGUUUAAACAGAACUGGAAAAAGUUGCAGGUUACGGUGGGUUAACUAUCUCCACCCUGGACUCAAAAGAGGAAAGAUGACUCCUCAAGAAGAGAAACUUGUGCUGGAGCUUCACGCUAAAUGGGGAAAUAGAUGGUCAAGAAUUGCUCGCAAGUUACCGGGGCGAACAGAUAAUGAGAUUAAGAACUAUUGGCGAACUCAUAUGAGGAAGAAGGCUCAAGAGAGGAAGAGGACCAUGUCUCCGGCAUCGCCAUCUUCCAACAGUUCCUCAGCAUCAAACAUCUCUACAGUGAAUUCAUCACUUUCCGUAGAGACUGGAGAAGCGAGCUUUUACGACACAGGUGGGCCAGAAGCUUCAGUUUUACAAGGAAAAAGCAGUCAGGAAGUGCACGGAGGUGAAACAGGGUACUCCAUGGAUGAUAUAUGGAAAGAUAUUGAAAACAGUAUCGAGCCAGUUUGUGAUGGUUUUAGUGAAGAAGGCUGCAAUUUCUCUUGUCCAUCAGUGGUGUCUCCUCCAUGGGAUUAUAGUGCAGACACACUGUGGAAGAUAGAUGAAGAGGAGAGCAAGAUGCUCUUCACUUACGAAUAUGGGACAAUGUUUCUAACUGGCUAACCAGAAAUUCUUUAUUUAUAUUUCUCCAAAGACCGUCUUGUCUCUAUGAGGAAGCUCUAACCUGUACAGUAUGGGUUUUCUCUAAGCUUUCUAAUGUGUAAUAGUCUUAUGCAAAAAAACCUACUUUCCUGUGUUUUUAGUGUUUUUCACUUUUCAGGGAUGGGAGAGAGAGAACUUUAUCAACUCUUCUAUAAGGAGAAUGUAAUGUCAAAGAUGUAUAAUAGAUCAUAAAUUUUAAUGUGGGAAUGAAGAUUGUGCUA